GCAAAGGAAGGCAAAGGGAAGGACCUCUACAGACUGCAGCACCUGUAGCUGAACAGCUCCAGGAGAUCGCAGCAGUGCCAGGGUCUGGGCUGAAAGGCACCGCAAGCAGCCACGAUGGGGAACUCAAUGUCUCUGCAAAAGGAGCCUGAAGACCAUGAUCCGGUUCGUGGAACGGCGUAUAUGCAGGUUUCAUCUGAACCUCCUGGCAACAUCAAAAAUGGUCAUGUUGCAAUCCAGCCUGUAAAGACCGAUCUUUAUGUAAAUGGUGAUGCAGUGGAUGCAAGAGUGAGUGUUGUCCAGGAUAAUGCGGCCGUUUCUUCCCAGAAGACAAUGGAGAUAAGCUCCAUCUCUGAGGCCAAUGGAAAUAAUCUUGGGAAGGAAGCCAAGACUGCCCCACCAGCUGCCAAAUCCCGUUUUUCCUUUGCAUUUUCACGGCCUGUACCAGGACGUACCGAAGAGCAGGCAACAAAUUCAUCGGUUGGAUCGGCUCCGCUUGAUGUCAGCUCAGAAGUACCCCAAGCAAACAAAGCGUCGACUGAGAGGGUGGGCCUUCCUGCUGCAGCUGUGCCAGAGGAAGCUGGGGAUAAAAACCUAAGCCAAGCACCUCUCAGUGAAAUUGAACUCACAGCACCAGCUGAGGCAGAGGAGGAUGCUUCGCCCAAGCCCAAAGAGCUGACCUUUUUUGACCGACUUUUCAAAGUGGAAAAGAAGAACAAAGCACAAGAACAAAGCCAAGAGGAGGUUAAGGUAGAGGAUCCGGUGGUACUCAUCACAGUAGAAGAUACAGCAGGAUUACAAAGCACGCCAGAUCACGUCCUACAGCGAAAGGCAACUGAUACCACAGAGGAUACAACACAAAACGCUCUGCCACCGGACUCCACGGGUGUCAAUUGCUUGGCCUCUGAGGAUCUUGCCCAAGAAGAGGUAAAACCAGAGAACGUUAAGACAGCGGCUGGGACAGACUACAACAAUUCCGUCAUGAGCUUCUUUAAAACACUGGUUUCUCCAAGCAAGACAGAUUCCAAGGCUGAUUCUGAGGAAAAGGGAUCUCAAACAGGCCAUGGUGGGCAGCUUGCGGAGAAGACGGCGGCCGAUUCUCUUGUGAAAAGCACCAAGAAAAAGAAGCCAGACAGCCCCAGAUUAGGACACAGUACAUUUAGCAAACUGUUUAGGCAUAAGGCAAAGAAAGAUGCCCAACAGACAGCAAACACCAAAAUUACUGAGCAGCCUGAAACCAUUACUGUUGUGAAAUCAGAAAUAAACAUCCCGCCAUCACAGGAGAGUCCAGCAACAAAACAGAACACAAAAGCCCCCGAACCUCCAGUACAACAACCAGCAGUAGCAGCUGUCGUUAUCACCAAUGAAACUCCAAAAGAUGUGACGAAGGAGAGAUCUUCUUCUACUCCCAUACCUCUAAGUAAAUUCUUUUGGAAAAAGACUCCAACAGAUGACAUAGAAGUGAUAAAUACCGAGAGAAUUGAAGCAUCUCCUGAAAUUCCAGCUAGAGAUGAAACCAAAAGCCAGGAAAGUGCAGAAACAAAGUCCAAAGGAGAUGAGAAAUCUACCAAAACAAACCUGAGGAAAUUCUUUAAAUUGACACUGGACUUCACAAACAGGCCCUUGACUGAAAACAAAGAACCUGUGGUGGAGAUGGUUCAAGAGAACUCAACAGAGAAGCUGAACGCGCAGAAAGGGAACCAAGAGGAAGUCAAAGACCAGCAAGUUUCCCGGGCGCAAGAAACAACGGAGACAGAUUCCCUUCAGAACGGAGGGGAUGCAGCGAAGGAAAGAACUCCCAAGAGGAUAGAGAAGAGGCAGUCAUUUGGAGGGUUUUUUAAGGGCUUUAGCCCCAAACGGAUGCUUGAUGCGGAAGUGCAGACAGAUCCGGUGUCUAUUGUGUCUAUCGUGAAACCCAAGUAAGGAACACUCUGACAAAGCUGAAGACUCAUCGGAUCCCCGUCAUUUCUCCCCUUGCAUUAAAAAAAAUAAUGCCUUGUUUUGGUUCAUCCCUUCUAUUUCCCUUUCCCCCAACCCCACUGCCGCUUUACAUGGUUAUCGCCAAAU